AUGUCCGGACGCGGAAAGGGAGGCAAGCUGGCUGCUGUGGCCAAGUUUCUGCUCACGCUGGCGGGAGAUGGCCGGGGCAACAAGAAGAAGCGAAGCAGACAGCAGCACAAGAGGCAGUGCUACCGCUGCCAGAAGCUUCAACAGUUGCAGGAAGAACUUAGGAUGAUGCAGAAGAAGACACCCGCCCCCGACUCCACCUUUACGGUUGGACGACAACUAGGGGUGGAUGUGGCGAUGCAAACGGGCGUCCCUCCGAAACCUGUAGCAAUUCAGGAAACUGGGGAGGCUGCUGGAGAGGUUGCUGAGGAAAAGGAGGAGGUGGUACAGCAGCUGAAAGAAGAGGACGACGAAGAGGCAGCACAAGUCGCUGCUGAGGCUGCCAACACGGUCAUUGGGGCAAGCAUUGAUUUACCCUUUGAAGGGCUAUUGGGAAGGAACUUCCCGGACGAGUAUACCACAACAGCUAAAUUGGGAACGUCGCCAAACAGAAGUAGCGGCAAAAGAGUUACAAGAAACCAGAGGUACGCAAACAGCUUGCAGAUUCCUUACGGGGUGGAGUUCUGCAAGCUGCCUACGCAAAAUUCGCCCAUAGAUUACAUCGAUCGAGAAAGUAUGUCUGAUUCUGAAGAUGAUCUAACUGAGAAACAAUUACGAAUUAUAGUACUGGGGGAACCCGCUACAGGGAAGACUUCUUUAGUUUCUCGCUACUGCUAUGAUCAUUUCUCGCGACAGUAUUGUCCAACAUCUGGAGUAGACUUUUUCCUAAAGAAAGCAUCACUUGGUAGCUUAAAAGAUAUUUCAUUACAAAUCUGGGACAUAGGUGGUCGUGUGUUAUCAGGCAACUUGCUUGAUAAAUAUGUACUUGGAGCUAAUAUUGUUUAUGCAGUGUAUGAUGUCACUAGUAUGCCUAGUUUUGAGGGAUUAUAUUCUUGGCUUGAGGCAGUAAGAAGAAUAUGUGCUGCCCAGGAACGUCAGCCCCUCAUUUGUAUACUAGGAAAUAAAUGUGACUUAGAGCAUCAAAGAUGUGUUCGUCUUGAUCGACACAACAUGUUUGUUCAGGAAAAUAAUGUGUCAUCGUAUCUUGUCUCAGCAAGAACAGGAGAAAUGGUGGCUUUAUGCUUCCAGAAGAUGGUAGCUCAUGUGUUGGGCAUCCAAUUAUCUCGAGCUGAGCAAGAAGAGCAACAACCUGUUAUGAGAGCAGAAAUUGUGGCUGCUCCACCUGUUAUUCCAGAGAACUCUUCAACCAUUACACGCACCUCUUCAGUUUGUGUUAUCCAGUGAAUGUCACAUUGUUGCUUUGUAUCAUCCUUUUGUAAUUUUUAAAUCUCUCUCCAACAGAUCUGAAGAAAGCUAAUAACUGUUCACAAACACUGUUCUGAGAAAUUACAGAACAGUACAGCUGUUGAUAUCUUGAAGGGACUAUAAACUGGAAAACAAAUAUAAUAAGAUGAAAAAUUAAAUGAACACUAAUAGGAAACUACAUACACAAUGGCUACUGUAUAAAUAGUGCUUAACAUUUUAAUCUUUUAAUUUAUAUACUAUAAAACAUAGAAAAAUCAUUGUUUUCAA